AUGGCUUUCACAUCACCAACUAUAUCUUAUAAAGCAUACGCUUACAAGAAUGGUAAUUACCCAAUUGAAAUUAUAGAUGAAACAAUUCAUUUAGUCAAAGGACCAAAUGGAGAAUUUAUUGCACCAAAAGGUAAAAUAUUAUUAAAAAUAAAUUAUGCUUCAUUAAAUCCAGUUGAUUAUAAAUUAUAUCAUAUAAAACCAUCAUUUUUAAAAUUUAUUAAUGAUAAACAAGGAUUUGGUAGAGAUUUUAGUGGUCAAGUUAUAUCAAUUGGUUCAAAUACUAAUACUGAAGUUAAAGUUGGAGAUUUUGUUCAAGGUAUAUACACACCUAUGUUAGAUAAAGGAUCUUGUGCACAAUAUCUUUUAUUAGAUCCAAAAAAUUCUCCUAUUACUACAAAACCAACAAAUAUUGAUUUAGCUAAAGCUGCUUCAUGGCCAUUAGUUUUAGGUACUGCUAUUGGAUUAUUAAAAAAUUUACCAUUAAAAAAUAGUAAAAUUGCUGUUUUGGGAGCAUCAACUUCUGUUGGUAGAUAUGUUGUUCAAUUAGCAAGAAUUGGUGGUGCGAAAGAAAUUAUUACAACCAAUAGUUCAAAAAAUGAACAAUUGAUUAGCGAGUUAGGAGCAACUUCACAAAUCGAUUAUAGAAAACAUCCAAAUUUCUUACCUCAAUUUUUAGAAAGUGUCAAAGAGUCAGGUGAAUUUGAUUUUAUUAUCGAUACUUUUGGAGGUGCACAAUUAUUUCCCGAAAUAAAUCAUAUCUUGAAAAAAGGAGGUGCUUAUCAUUCAAUUGUUGGUGAUGCACCAGGUCAUGGAUUUGCUGCAUUAAUUGGAAGUAUUAAAUCUAUUACAAGACAAUUACGCUCAAAAUUAGGAUUAAUUGAUUAUAAUUAUCAAAUUUCAUUAUUAGAUAAUAUGGGUGGGUGGAUUAAUGGAGCAAGAGAUUUAAUUCAACAAGAUAAAUUAAGAAUUUUUAUUGAUUCAGUAUAUCCUUUUGAAGAAUUAAAACAAGCUAUUGAAAAAUUGGAAAGUGGUAAAGCUGAUGGUAAGAUUUUAAUUGAAGUUGAAAAACCAUUAGCAUAA